AUGAGCAACAAGAUCUAUAUCCACUAUAACUACACGGGGAAGCUUGACAACCGAAAGGAUAACAGGAGUGGUACUAUAGACGCUAAAACUGUGGUCUUCCUAGUGGUAUGCUGCUGCAUUGUCUUAGAGAACUUGAUGGUGCUGGUGGCAAUAUGGAAAAACCACAGGUUCCACAACCGCAUGUAUUUCUUCAUUGGGAACCUGGCGCUCUGUGACUUGCUGGCCGGAGUGGCCUAUGCAGUCAACUUACUCAUGUCAGGCGAGAGGACACUCAGCUUGUCUCCAGUCGCAUGGUUUGUGCGUGAAGGGAGCAUGUUUGUGGCAUUAGCCGCGUCCACCUUCAGUCUACUCGCAAUUGCCAUCGAGAGACACAUGACCAUGGUUAAAAUGAGGCCUUACGAUGCAAAUAAGAAAUACAGGGUGUUUCUGCUCAUCGGCACUUGUUGGCUGGUUGCCAUUUCAUUGGGAGCUUUGCCAAUCCUCGGGUGGAACUGCCUGGGCAACCUGCCGGACUGCUCCACCGUACUACCUCUGUACAGCAAGAAGUACGUGGCGUUCUGCAUCACCAUCUUCAUCGCUCUGCUGCUCUCCAUCGCCAUUCUGUACGCCCGCAUCUACGCGCUGGUGAAGUCCAGCAGCCGCAAGGUCACCAAGCACAGCAACUCGGAGCGGUCCAUGGCCCUGCUCCGCACCGUCGCCAUCGUGGUCGGGGCCUUCAUCGCCUGCUGGGCGCCGAUAUUCGUCCUGCUGCUGAUCGACGUGGCGUGCGGACACAGACAGUGCCCGGUCCUCUACAAGGCCGAGUGGUUUCUCAUCCUGGCCGUGCUGAAUUCCGCCAUGAACCCGGUCAUCUACACUCUGGCCAGCAAGGAGAUGCGCCGGGCGUUCUUCGGCCUGGUGUGCAGCUGCCUGGUCAGGACCAAGGCCGUCCGACCCGCCCUGGAACACAGCAGGAGCAAAUCCAGCAGCAGCCGCGGGCAGAGGCCGGUGGGUCCGGGGAACCCGGAGACGGCAGUGCCAACCUCGCCUCAAAUGUUGGCGUCUCUGAACGGUGGAGAAUGUUGA